AUCGUAUAAUGGAAUUCAAAAAAUUCUGGAGGAUCGCCGUAGAAAUCAUAACAAUACUGUGCCGAUUCAAUGGCCCCGCGGGCAUAUGGAUAAUGGGGGUGCAACGGUGGCCUGCCUACAAGUUGAUACCCAUCUACAUGACCACUCGAGCUCGACAGUUCCCCACGAGAUUCCACGCCUUAUCAUACGAUGAACAAUAAAAACACAACCCACAAAACGAAUAUGGAGUCUGCGGCACAUGAAUACAUCCACCCCACGGCCGGGUGUAAACUGAAUGUAGUAAUAGUCGGCGCAGGCCUCGGCGGUCUCGGCGCCGCAAUCGGCAUCUCGUUGGCCGGGCACAACGUAACGGUACUCGAGGCAGCCUCUGAAAUCGGCGAGAUCGGCGCGGGCAUCCAGAUCCACCCGAACGCAUCGCGGAUUCUGACGCGCUGGGGGCUUGCCCCCGCACUAUCAGCGUACUGGACCACGCCGCGGUGCGUAAACAUGCUCUCGUGGCGCGGCGAGCCGCUGGCGAGCAUGCGCUUCGCCGAGGCCGCUGAGAAGUACGGCAGCCCGUUUUGGGACUUCCACCGCGCGAAUCUGCACCGGUGUUUGCUGGAGCGCGCGGUGGAGCUGGGUGCCACGGUGCGGUGUAAGGCGAGGGUUGAUACGCUUGAGUUUGUCGGGGGGGAGACGACAGUGGUGCUGGAGGGCGGCGAGAGGGUGACCGCAGACCUCGUGGUAGGCGCCGAUGGGAUUUAUUCUAAGACCCGUGAGGCGUUUGUGGGGCAUAAGGAUCCGCCGAAGAAGACGGGCGAUCUGGCGUAUAGACUCCUUCUGGACGCGAGGGAGAUGCUGAAGGAUCCCGAGCUGGCGGGAAUGGUGACGGAUCCGCAGGUUAUGUACUGGCUUGGCCCGGAUAAACAUGCGGUAAGCUACGUCCUCCGGGGCGGGCGACAAUUCAACAUGGUCCUUUUGGUGCCGGACGACCUUCCAGACAGCAGUACCGUAGUCCCAGGAAACGUAGCCGAGAUGUGCGCGCUGUACGCGGACUGGGACGCGCGCAUCCCCAAGCUGCUGGGCUUGUGCACGGAGGUGCACAAGUGGAAGCUCUCCAUCCGCCCAAACGAUCUACCCGCCUGGUCGAAUCCCGCGGGGACUUUCGUGCUCCUGGGAGACGCCGUGCACGCCGCGCUUCCGUAUUUGGCUGCUGGCGCGGGUAUGGCCCUCGAAGACGGCGCGUUCCUGGGGCUCGCCCUGGGGAGCAUCAAGUCCAGGUCGGAGGUGAAACGCGCACUGACGGUGUAUGAGCGCGGCCGGCGAGCUCGCGUCGCGCGUAUCGUCGAGCGCGGGAAUGUCCAGCAGUAUCUUUACCACCUCCCCGACGGCGCGGAGCAGUGCGAGAGGGACAGGAAGCUCCGCAUGAAUCCUACCCCGCCCGGAGAGGUGCUCGCGUGGAGGGAUCCGGAGUUUGCGCCGUGGUUGAUGGGGUAUGAUGUUGAGAAGGAUUUUAAAAAGUAUUGGGAGAUGCCGAAGGACAAGGAGAGGAGGAGGGAACAUGUCACGAGGAGCUUGUUGUAGGUAGGCAAU